CUCUACCAAAUCCAACAUUGCGUGCGACGACCUUCGAUUUCCACACAGGCUUGACCUAAUCAAGUGGUACUAUAUUCCCGUCUUAUAUUCUCGUAUCUAUUUGUGAACCAGCUAGUCUAGAUGUGUUUUCAUCCUCUUCAACAUCAAUCCAUCCCUAACUUUGCCUCGGCUUGUUCCGUUUCCCUGCCCCUCAAUCAAGCAUGAUCGCAGCAGUCUAUCGACCUUACCUAUGCAAGGUACCUGAACCCAGGCGAGGUACAGUACGACAUAUCUAAACCUAUCCCGUUUUAGACCUAGGUUGUUGGUGCCGUCACGAGAAGCUCUGGUAGCUUUCUUUCUUCACUUGUCGCAUAUGAACAAAAACGCGACCAGACGAUAAUCGUAUCAAUCAUACCUUACCGUACCUAUCCCACCAAGAUAACAAGCGAGUUGCUGGUUGAGAAUUGCCUAAGGUCACCACCACUGGUACCUAGCAAUUAGUGCCAUAUCGAACAAAAAGAGCCACCGAUGGAUAUCGAAGACGACUUCAUCAUGUCGCUUCCAGAUUCGGAUUCCGAAGAUGUGGAUCUGGAUAUUGACUCGGACUCGGUUGACACCAGCUCAACCGAAAGAGAACCUUCGGCCAAGCCACCCACUCCGCUUCAACAAGCAACGUCGACUGUCACCAAGCUCCUGAAGGAGAAGGGCAAAGAAUGGGAUCAGUUGGCCUCGCGGAAGGGCCCGUUGACCCUGUUGGAGCUUCCCGUUGAUAUACUGCGACUGAUUGUGAAGGAGAUCAUGCAUACCAACGACCUUACCUCCCUUGCUCUAACCAACUCGACACUGCAUAGUCUGGCUAUCCCACACAUCUACGCCAGAUUCGAUAUUGUAUGGCCCGAUACGCACGGAACGUCUUCCGAUCACAAGAGUGUCGAUGCUUUAACCUACGGGCUUUCAACUCUGAGUCUGGGAAGCUCCUUUGGCCGCAUCAGGCAAAGGCUUCUACGCCCAGGACCUCGGCAGCAGAUGCAAUCUCCCUUCGACCGCGUUGGUAACAAUUAUGCAGCUCACACUCGGAAGUUUUCGCUUGGAGAUGGGCCUCCGGACUGGGUUGCGGCUUAUAUGAUUACAAAAGAGAGUGGGAAGAUGCUGGGGACUUUGGUAUCUUUGGCAUUGGCCAAGAUGGUUAACCUGGAAACCUUUAUCUGGGACAUGCCGACUGGAGUGCUUGCCGAGAUCUUCCUAGCCUUGGCCAGCUUGCCUGACAGCCACAAGGACGGACAGUGCAACUUGGAAACGGUUUGGAUCCGGUGGCAUGACAAUAGCGAAGGUCAAGCGCCAUCGUCGAAUCCCGUGAUUCCGCCCGGUAGCACUCUAACACCCGUCGGCAUCAUGUUGCCCCCGGCGGUAUCUCACCCGAAACCACGACCAGCUCUGCCAUAUUCUGCCAGUGUUGUCGAGUAUCCCACUUUUAGUGUUUUACCGCCUCUGAAAAGUCUGACAGCCUUGGAUAUAGACGAGUUGGCGUAUCUGGAUGAGAUUUCAAUGCUGGUCGAAAGGUCUCAUGACAGGCUCCAAGAAUUACGCAUUGGCAUAUCGAAAAAAGCGCAGCACAAGGAUUUUGUUCAGGCGUGGGAUGGACCUGAGCUGCAUCAGGUUGAUCAUCAAGCCCACUGGCCCGGUGCAAGCACGAUAGGUAGUCGUCGACUGGGCGGUAUUUUAGGAAUCCUUGUCGGGCGCAUCUAUGAUAUACGGCGAAAACCUCGUGCCUGGUCAUCACGGGGAAAGUCCGAGUCCUCAUCUUGCCCUCCUCCGAAGAAAGAAUCCCCUGACGGUCCCGGACAUGCUGACUUCAUGGGCCCGAGCCAUGAUCACAAUGUUACUGCGAACCGUAAAAGCUCAGUAUCAUCCGAUGGACUGAACAAUCCUGGGCACGUCAACAUUGAGAAAGACUCCAAGGAUACCUCGGCUUCUACGGCCCAUGUGGUAGCCGGUGAGGACAAGCCAGCAGGGGGUGGGUGUUCUGAAGCUCCCGGACCUGGUUUGGAAGAUGGCAAAGCUCCAGAUCAGGCACCCAGACGGAAGCAUAGCGCAAGCCGCUCUCGCCUUGAAGGGAAGCUACGGCUGCGUAUUCUGGAGUUAGAGAGGGUACCGCUUUCAAUGCAGGUCUGCAGCAAAGCCAUCGACUGGACCACACUGACCACUUUGACGAUACUCGACUGUGCCCAGCACGAAUCCCUUUGGAAAUUAUUGAAACGCCAAUACCAGCCGACGGUGAUGGCUGGUGGAUACGGCAUCUCCUCGUCGUCUCGAGGUGCUCAAUUGCAGUAUCAUCUUGGCUUGAAACGACUUCGCACCGAUACAACCUCACCUUCACUGAUAACUUUCCUCACUGAAGUCCUUGCGCCAAACACGCUCGAGGUACUCUUCUUGCAAGAUCGCCGCAGAUCACCCUCAGUACCUGCCGUCACCAUCGAGUCCAUUUUCAAGGGGCCUCUGAAGCGCCACCGUGGGAGCCUGCGGAAACUUCUACUAGACAGCUCUGCUAGGAACACAAAGAGCGGGGCAGUUACGGUUGACAAUGAUAGGUGGCGGCACUGGGUCUUGAAUUCACGGAUUCUGCACUAUAUCACAAGCGGGCGGUUGGUCAACCUACGUGAGCUUGCGGUAUCAAUCGCAUAUGCUGACUGGCAUACAUUUUUGCAACGACUGCCAAAUGUCCCCCAGCUGCGAUCACUCAACAUACCUCACGUUAUGGAUCACGUCGUCAGUUCCAUUGACCCGAAGGAGCUGGCCUUACAGAUAGCCGACAUUAUCACGUUGCGUCCCGAGGUACAACUUUGCUACAUUGGUAUCUCGACCAAAUGCUUCGAGAUACUCGAAACUACGCCAGGUGAUCGUGGAGGUGGUUCAGUCGACAGUGCAGGAUCUGCCAGUGGUAGCGGUAGUGGCCAAAACAGUGGAACCACGACCACUGGGCCCCAGGCUAUGGAUAUGAUGUCACUUGUCGAACCUGAGUCUGAGGAAGAUCAUCAGGAUGAGUCAAGUGAAGAGGAAGAUGCGGACGAGACUGAAGACGAGGACGAUGGGAUCAACAACCAUGUUGCAACUGAGGAGGCCCAGUCGGAUAGCCACGCAGGAGACAGCUGGGAUUCUGACGAUGACGGCUUUGUUGAUCCAGAUCACACGCCCGCGAAGAAGAAGUUGAGGCUUCGCGAGAUUCUUUUCUAUGACGACAAGGUGGCUAUUUUCAAAGCCAGGCAUGGGCGUCUUUGAGCGCGAUUUGGUAGCCUCACAGUAGGCAUACAAAGUCUAUGGGGCAAUAUCCAAAAUCAACCUGAGGGUGGAAAUCAACCCCCUUCCGUGGCUGUGCGUUGAGGGAUUUGACCGGUCUGUUGACUGGAGUGGUCGCUUGAAGAUUGAAAUUUCAGAUCGACAAAUUUCUGUCUUUUUUUAAUCUUUUAUCUGUUUGUUAUUUUCUUUUUUGGCGUUUACAAGUUUGACUUCGGAGGAUACCCAUGGACAAGCGAUCCUUUUGAGGAGUGAGGCAUAAACUGUUUAGUUUUGAGGCACAAUUCGAGCCCCCUUUGUUGCAGCUAUACGUGAGGUGAAGGCCAGAAGACUAAUACAGUUGUGCUGGUCUAUUAGAGUCUAUGAAUCGUGAACGACAACGGUC